UAUAACCUAAAUCUAAACUGUCCGUCGAAAUGAGACAAGAGUUUUUAUACGCUUCUAUGUACCUAUAUCAUUAAUUUGAUUUAUUGCUGAAUUUCACGCAACGAACAGUGAUAAUUAAAAGUAUUGCGCACUUAUGCAGUUUCGCUCGAAGAGCGCGAAUAACGAUAAAGACGAAAAAUGGUAGACGUAAAGAGCAAUUUUCCCAUUGGAGAGAACGACUCAUAUAACGAGUCGAAGAUACGAGCAAAUAGUUCUGGUACAGGAACGUCAACACCAUCAUCCUCUUCCGACUACAUGACGGGAGAGGCGGAUGAUAGCUCUGACAGUAAGAGUAUCAUACCGUUCAGCUUAAAAUCAGUAGAGCCCAUGCUGUUAUUGUCUAAGGAUGCUUCUCAGGAGGACCUUCAAGAGAUGGUGCACAAGUGCAAACUGAUGGUGUUGGAGAGCGCCGAGUGUUCAGAUGAACGUAAAUGGCUCGUUCGACGGCUGAUCGAAUUGCGUUUGCGCGUGCAGGAGUUGCGUGAGACUUCGGACGAGAAUCUCUUUGAGACACACGUAAUUCUUGGUCAUCACUUCGUACCGCAGAAGUACUAUAUUACUACAUCCAGUCCGGUUUAUUGCGACCAUUGCAGCGGCACGAUUUGGACGAUGCUGCAAUCAUGGUAUAUAUGCAACGAUUGCAAAUUUAGUUGCCACUGGAAGUGUCUGAAUAAUGUGUGUCGUAUAUGCGUGCAUGUGAUUGCCAGUGAAGCUGGCGGAUACACGCACACGAAGGAUAUCUGUCCGGAGCAAGGUCUUUCAAAGCAACGUUAUCGUUGCGCGGAAUGUAAAAUACGAAUAACAUUCACUUUCUCGAAAGGAUUAUCGCUGUCUUGCUUCGGCAAUUCCUUUAAGAAUACAGAAUCAGUGUGGAUAGAGCCUCGACUUUGCGACUACAGUGGUCUAUAUUACUGUCAAAGAUGCCAUUGGAACACAGCUAUGGUCAUUCCUGCGAGAGUAAUCAGAAACUGGGAUAUGGAGCCGCGUCUGGUAUCUCGCGCCGCAGUGCAGCUUUUGAUGCUCUUGGAGGAUCGUUCUGUACUACCACUGGAAGAAUUAAACCCGAAACUCUUUACUUUGGUUCCAGAUUUGUCACUUGUAAAGCGGAUGCGAGAGGAAAUGCAAAUGAUGAAGAAGUAUUUAGUUUUAUGCGUGGAAGCUUGCACUCAGGGAUUACCGUGGAAGAUUGGGUUGCGCACACAUAUGAUCGAAAAUUCGGGUAACUAUUCCAUCAAGGAUCUCAUUGAUCUUCAAAAUGGCAUUCUCUUGGAUGAGCUUCGUACCGCAUACGAUACAAUGCACGCGCACAUUACACAGCAAUGCGAGCUCUGCAAGGCAAGGGGACACUUAUGCGAAAUAUGUGGUAAUGAUGAAAUAAUCUAUCCAUGGGACGCAAGCUCGAUUAUCUGUCAGCAAUGCUCGGCAGUGUAUCAUCGCGUUUGUUGGACCAAGCGCAAUCAUUGCUGUCCACGGUGUGCACGUCUGCAAAAACGUCGUGCUCUACAGGGACAAAUGGUACAGAAUGGCGAAGACUGUGAUACAGAUAAUAUUGCAAAGGACUCUUAAAUAAAAAUACCAGAUAAACAUGUGGUAAAAUAUUAUUGUACAGCUAUGUAAUGAUUUAUAUUAUACUUUGUACCUAUUAUGUUUUAAGCGGAUCAAAUCGAUUGCAAUCUGUAAUUUUUAUAUUGUAUAUCACUAUA